UUAUUAAAUCCGCCUUUAGUUUUUUUUGAAGUCUCAUCUUAACUCACCUAAAUGUCAUAAAUUUUCUUUCUAUUUUAUUAAAGAUCUAAAAAGAAUCAAUCAUCCAUAAAAGUUCAUAAUUCCCGAAAUAUAUUCAAAAUAUUUGUAGACAGACACUUGGGAGAGGACUAUAAGUACACAGAGAUCCCUCGCAAUCUUCACAUCACACCACCAAUUUUGGUUUAAGGGUUUCAUUCGAUUUGGAAAGCGAUCUCGUUUGGUGAUCUGAGAAAUGGCGACAAGUGAGAAACAAAGCAGCCCAAAGCCCCCACCUUCGCCUUCACCUCUCCGCAAUUCCAAGUUUUUUCAGUCGAAUAUGAGGAUAUUGAUCUCAGGAGGAGCUGGAUUCAUUGGAUCUCACCUUGUUGAUAAGCUGAUGGAAAACGAGAAGAAUGAGGUGAUUGUUGCUGAUAACUACUUCACUGGUUCCAAGGACAACCUCAAGAAAUGGAUCGGUCAUCCUAGAUUUGAGCUCAUCCGUCAUGAUGUCACGGAGCCACUGUUGAUCGAGGUUGAUCAGAUUUACCAUCUCGCAUGUCCCGCAUCUCCCAUUUUCUACAAGUACAAUCCCGUGAAGACCAUCAAGACCAAUGUGAUCGGCACACUUAACAUGCUAGGUCUUGCCAAGCGUGUUGGCGCAAGAAUCUUGCUUACCUCUACCUCGGAGGUGUAUGGAGAUCCUCUCAUCCAUCCCCAGCCUGAGAGCUAUUGGGGAAACGUCAACCCAAUUGGGGUUAGGAGCUGUUAUGAUGAAGGCAAGCGUGUAGCUGAGACUUUAAUGUUUGACUACCAUAGGCAACAUGGAAUUGGUCAGUUUUAUUUUCCUCGCUUCAUCAAGAUUCUCUCUCGUCUUUUGUUCCUUACCUUGUUCUCUGUAGAAAUCCGCAUUGCCAGAAUCUUCAACACUUAUGGUCCACGCAUGAACAUAGAUGAUGGGCGUGUCGUAAGCAACUUCAUUGCUCAAGCACUUAGGGGUGAGGCAUUGACUGUUCAGAAACCUGGGACACAGACCCGUAGUUUCUGUUAUGUAUCUGACAUGGUUGAGGGGCUAAUGCGCCUCAUGGAAGGAGAUGAAACUGGUCCCAUCAACAUCGGUAACCCAGGCGAGUUUACGAUGGUGGAACUAGCUGAGACAGUGAAGGAGCUGAUAAACCCGAGCAUAAAGAUAAAGAUGGUGGAGAACACACCCGAUGAUCCAAGACAGAGGAAGCCAGAUAUCACAAAGGCUAAAGAAGUGUUGGGGUGGGAACCGAAGGUGAAGCUCCGUGAAGGCCUUCCUCUUAUGGAAGAAGAUUUCAGGCAAAGGCUCGGAGUCCCCAAGAAGUAAAAACUUUGGUUCACAAAUCAAACCCAAACGUGAAUGCACACUACUAUAAGUCAAUUUCUACAUUUUAAUAUCCACAGUUCAAGUGGUUGGUUUAAUUUCAUAUAUAGUAUGUUUCUAUUUACUGCAGUCUGAAAUGUUAUUUAGGUAGAAAUAAAGAUCACGAUGGACGAAAGCUAUAUUCUUGAUAUUUCUAGCAAUUGAUGUUUUUGACUCUGCA